AAACCACUCUUAUCCGGUACCAGCUUCCUCUUCUCAAGCCCUAAACCCAGAGAAAAGAGUGAAGAAUUGAAAGCAAGGUUAAAAAAGUUGGAAGAUUUAGCUGAGAGGAAAGCAUAUAAGGAACUUGUUAAGGAUAUUGCACCAAAGGAAGAUGUUCAGGAGCCUUUCUCUUCUUACAAAGAUCAAUUAGGAUUUGGUUUGCAUGUUAUUGUUACAAUGUUUACUGGCUAUCUUGUUGGAUUUGCCGCAUUUAGAGCUCUGUUUGAUCACAGUCCUGCCAUGAAUGCUGCUGGAGGAAUUCUUGGGUUGGUGGGUGCCAUGCUUGUUGAGACUUUUCUUUUCAUUAUUAGAAGUUCCAAUCCUGAUGGCAACAAAACAAGAAAGCCCAAUCAAAAAUCGAGAUCAUCCUUUUCUACAUCCAGUCUCAAGAAAAACCUAUAGAUACGAUCAAGAUGGUUUGUUUUUCAGUUAUGCAUAUAAUACCGAUAAUACAAAAUUUUAUAGUGUAGUUCAUUGUAAUUGUGAACACUUCUCUCAGUAAUAGAUAACUUAGAAUUGGCUGUUGCAUGAUUUAUCAUUGAGGGCCUUCCUGAAGGGUGUGAGUAUUGUGUCUGAAAAUGGCAUCUACAUGUACCUUGUACUACAAGAAGCUAUUUUGACCCAUCUAUGUGAUCUUUAGGACUAAGGUAGUUUUAUGCUUUGACCUCAACCAGACAUGACUUGAAGAACAACUUACUAUCUUUCCCUGCAUCACACUGAAUAAACUAGUAUCAAUUCUUUUUGAA